GCCUGUAACACAGCGCACGGGAUGAGCUGCUUCAGCGCGCGGGGGAAUGUAAGAUCCUCUCACGGCGGGUAACCAAAGAUUUACAAGGAUUUAGCAACCAUUUAUCACUGAGAUUGGAGAGCGGAAGGUAGGCUGAGAAGGGGUCACCAUGACAGGACAGGGUGUUCGUUUGGUGCUGCUGUCAAUCACUCUGAGCGUAGCGGUGGCUCAGCGGACUGUCAUCGAAACGACCACGGGCAAAGUGCGGGGGAAAGUGCUCAACCUGUACGGAAGGCAGGUCGUGGCGUUCUUAGGGAUUCCCUACGCGGAACCACCGAUAGGACCGCUGAGGUUUAAGCCUCCACAGCCUGCAAAGAACUGGACUUCUGUGUUUGACGCUUUCAAGUACGGAAACUCCUGCUACCAAAUCAAGGACACCCUGUUCCCCAAUUUCACGGGUUCAGAAGCGUGGAACGCCAACACCCCGCUCAGUGAAGACUGUCUAAAGAUCAACGUGUGGAUGCCCAACCCGCCACCUGCCGACAAGACCGUCAUGGUCUGGAUCUAUGGAGGCGGUUUUUGGUACGGCACUGCGUCUUUGGACUACUACGAUGGAAAGACGAUUGCAGCAAUAGAAAACGUUGUCGUGGUGUCGAUGAACUAUCGUGUGGGUUCGCUGGGGUUCUUGGCGUUAGGUCACCCGGACGCGCCCGGGAACAUGGGACUCAUGGACCAAAACCUAGCAUUACAGUGGGUUCAGAAAAACAUCGCCUUUUUUGGAGGAGAUCCUCAGAAGGUGACCAUCUUGGGUGAGAGUGCCGGCAGCGUUAGCGUGGGCUAUCACCUGCUAUCGAUGAAAAGUAGAAGCCUUUUCUCAAGAGCAAUCAUGCAGAGCGGAGCCCCCAACUGUCCAUGGGCAUUUAUAACAAACAAGGAGGCACUUCGAAGAGGAAAGGCCUUCGCACGAGCAGUGGAGUGUCCAACGACAGUCCCGUUGGCUCAGACUAUAGAAUGUCUGCGAUCCAAACCAGCGGAUUACAUCAUCGCUAACGAAUGGGUCACAUCAGACCCCAUCUUCAGGUUUCCUCACGUCCCUGUCAUUGAUGGCACCUUCAUCACAGAAGACCCUAAGACAUCCAUAAGGAGGGGAAACUUUAAGAAGUGCAGCCUCCUUGCAGGAGCCGUCAAAGACGAGGGCACGUUCUUCCUCAUCUACGGAGCACCAGGGUUUUCCAAGCAAACGGAAAGUUUGAUAAGUCGCUCUCAGUUCCUGGAGGGGGUGAAGAUGUCCGUGCCAGAAACAAACUCCUUUGGUGUCGACGCCAUAGCCUUUCAGUACACCGAUUGGUUGAAGGAGAACGACGGCGUGAGCAACCGAGAUGCCCUGGAUGAUGUUGUUGGAGAUCACAACGUCAUCUGUCCGUUAAACGACUUCGCACACGCCUACGCGUCAUUCGGACAGGCCGUGUACAAGUACAGCUUCGAGCAGAGGGCGUCUAAUCUGGUCUGGCCGAAGUGGAUGGGAACACCGCACGGGUACGAGAUAGAGUUUCAGUUCGGACUGCCUCUGGAACCCAAGAGGAACUACACACGUGAUGAGGCCAACUUCAGCAGGAGGAUGAUGAGAAACUGGGCUAACUUUGCGCGGACUGGGUAA